AUGCCCACGGAGACCGCGCGCCCGCCGGGCGGGUCGCACGAGCGGAGCCCUGGGGCCGCUGCGAGCGAUCCGGGUCCGAGCAGCGAUGGGGAAGCGGGGACUGCCCAGGGGACGGGCCCGUGUGACAGCGACCUGGAGGGCAGCCCUGGAGCUCCGGCCUCCGAGAAUGGCCCCUGCGGCUCCUCCGGGGUUCCUUCGCGGGAGCCCCCCCGGACGGGACAGCCGCUGUUACACAUUAACAGGCAGCAGAUCCAGUCCGUGGCGCCCAGUGCCCAGAUUGCUGAGCUGAAAGGUCUGGGGGUUGACGUGUACGACCAGGAUGUGCUGGAGCAAGGAGUCCUCCAGCAGGUAGACAAUGCAAUCAAUGACGCGAACAAGGCGACAAAAUUAGCCAAUGCAGAGGCAGAAUACCAAUCGGUGCUGGACGAUUUAAGGUCCUGUACGACAUCUCUGAAACAGAUCAAUACAAUUAUAGAGCAACUUACUCCUCAAGCUGUCAACAGCAAAGAUAUAAACAGAAAACUAGACUCUGUAAAACGACAAAAGUAUAACAAGGAACAACAGUUAAAAAAGAUCAAAGCAAAACAAAAGCGUCUCCAAGCAGUUCUUGGUGGAGCAGAGAUUCUCAUUGGAACAAAUGAUGUUGAAUUUCAGGAUGAUGAAGAGCCUGGUCCAUCGUCUCUUGGCAGUAUGCUCAUGCCAGUCCAGGAAACAGAAUGGGAGGAACUCAUUCGUACUGGUCAGAUGACCCCUUUUGGAACUAAGGUCCCUCAGAAGAUAGAAAAGAAGCCACGCAGGUUAAUGCUAAAUGAAGCAUCUGAUUUUGAGAAGUAUUUGGCAGAUCAAGCUAAGCUGUCGUCCGAAAGAAAGAGGUCAGUCCUUAAGAAGGGAGCAAAGAAUAAAGCAGAGGCCAAGAACAUUCAAUGUGCAACUCCCACAUUAGUCAUAAAGGGAAAGAGGGGCAAAACCAGAACCCUGUCAAAAACAGACAAGCGACUGAAAAAGCACAUGAAGAAACUUCAGAACCAUGCUCUUCAGAUCCAAUUUAAGAUUGGAAUUCCCAAGGAAAAGAGACUUCCUGAGGUCAAGGAGAAGCUGAGAGGUGAACAGGGGGAUGACAGUGAAGAGUCAGAAUAUAUGCCUGAUGACGAGCUUUUUAAUCCAGAAGAGGAAGAGGAGGAGGAGGCAUUUUUUCAUGCUGAUGAUAAUUCUGAUUAUGAAUUGAAGACUUUGCGAGGAGGAAGAAAACAUUCAGGGAAGAGAAACCUUAAGGAAGAAGCUGAGGAGGAUGAAGACUUCUUCCCAAGCUCUGAGGAAGAGAAUACAGUAGGAAAUCGUAGAGUAAAGAGAUGCAGAGAUGAUGGAGAUGAAGAUUACUAUAAACAAAGGCUAAGGAGAUGGCAUAAACAACGAUUGAAGGACAAAGAGAAAUGUCGAAUGGCAGAAGAAGAUUCUGAUGAAAGUGACGCUGAAUUUGAUGAGGGCUUCAGGGUACCAGGAUUUCUCUUCAGAAAGCUUUUUAAGUACCAGCAGACAGGUGUUAGGUGGCUCUGGGAAUUGCACUGCCAGCAGGCAGGAGGAAUUCUGGGAGAUGAGAUGGGAUUGGGCAAGACCAUCCAGAUAAUUGCCUUCUUGGCAGGUCUGAGCUACAGCAAGAUCAGGACUCGUGGUUCAAAUUACAGGUUUAAAGGUUUGGGCCCAACGGUGAUUGUGUGUCCAACCACAGUGAUGCAUCAGUGGGUGAAAGAAUUCCACAGUUGGUGGCCUCCCUUUAGAGUUGCAGUUCUACAUGAAACUGGCUCUUACACCAACAAAAAGGUGAAACUAAUUCGUGAAAUUGCAGCAUGCCAUGGCAUUCUAAUUACCUCCUAUUCAUACAUUCGAUUGAUGCAGGAUAAUAUCAACAGCUAUGACUGGCAUUAUGUGAUUUUAGAUGAGGGUCAUAAAAUCCGGAAUCCAAAUGCUGCAGUUACACUUGCAUGCAAACAGUUCCGCACUCCCCAUCGAAUCAUCUUAUCUGGCUCCCCUAUGCAGAAUAACCUAAAGGAGCUCUGGUCCCUCUUUGACUUUGUAUUCCCAGGGAAAUUGGGAACACUGCCUGUCUUCAUGGAGCAAUUCUCUGUUCCAAUAACCAUGGGAGGAUAUUCCAAUGCCUCUCCUGUGCAGGUAAAAACUGCCUACAAGUGUGCAUGUGUUUUACGGGACACCAUAAAUCCCUACUUGCUGCGGAGAAUGAAGGCUGAUGUGAAAAUGAGCCUGUCACUGCCAGAUAAAAAUGAACAGGUUCUGUUUUGCCGUUUGACAGAUGAACAACGGCAAGUCUACCAAAACUUCAUUGACUCCAAAGAAGUUUACCAGAUUCUCAGUGGAGAAAUGCAGGUUUUCUCUGGACUUGUAGCCUUGAGAAAAAUAUGCAACCACCCUGACCUCUUUUCUGGUGGUCCCAAGAUUUUGAAAGGUGUGCCAGAUGAUGAGUUAGAAGAAGCAGAUCAGUUUGGAUACUGGAAACGUUCUGGAAAAAUGAUAGUGGUAGAGUCCUUACUGAAAAUAUGGCACAAGCAGGGUCACAGGGUGCUGCUAUUUACCCAGUCGAGACAGAUGCUGAAGAUCCUUGAAGUAUUUCUGAGAGACAGAAACUAUUCCUACCUCAAGAUGGAUGGUACCACGACAAUUGCAUCCAGACAGCCACUUAUAACAAGAUACAAUGAGGAUACGUCCAUCUUUGUUUUUCUUCUUACAACUCGAGUAGGUGGUAUUGGCGUCAACCUGACAGGUGCUGACAGAGUUAUCAUCUAUGAUCCUGAUUGGAAUCCCAGUACAGACACACAGGCUCGAGAGCGUGCUUGGAGAAUAGGCCAGAAGAAACAGGUGACUGUUUACAGGCUCCUUACUGCAGGUACUAUUGAAGAGAAGAUUUACCACAGACAAAUCUUCAAACAGUUUUUAACAAACAGAGUGUUGAAAGACCCAAAACAAAGGCGCUUUUUCAAAUCCAACGAUCUUUACGAACUUUUCACUCUGACCAGCCCAGAUGGGUCUCAAGGGACAGAAACUAGUGCUAUUUUUGCAGGUACUGGUUCAGAUGUUCAAGCCCCGAAACGCCAAUUAAAACGGAAACUUAAAAAGCCAGCUGAUGGUGCUUCCAAAGGUGAACUGCAUCUUAAGGAGCACAACUCGCCUAAAUAUGACAAGCCAUCACAUUCUUCCUCGACAGGCCAUUUAAUGAAUUCUUCUUCUAAAACAAUAGAGCCAGUUAGAGAAACCAAAGGAAACUUGGAAACUUUCAACCAAAACGGUUCUGCGAAAGAUGGUACACAAGCUACAAAUAACAUAGCUUCACUGAUUAAAGAUGAGGAGAAAAGUUUGAAAACAGCUGAGGGGUCUGUAUUCCAAGCACUGCCAAGGAAUGCAUGGACUUCAGAGAAUGUGGAAUGUUCAAACUCUGCAUUAUUUGAUAUGCGUGGGGCAUCUACUGUAAGUAUUGAGAGCGGACAUGGUCUCGAAUGUGAGACAGAGAGCUCCCAGGGGAAACAGAAUGGUAACUUUGAAGAUGAACAACUAGGUAAUAAUCCUCACAAACGCACCUCAAAAACUAAACACAGUAUGGAUAUGCUGACACUUGAGGGCCACAAGAGUAACCCUAAAAAGCCAAAACAUCGCAAAGGUGCCAGAUUUGAAGGGGAGCGCAUCCCAUAUUUGGUGAAACAAAAGCAAUACAGAAAGGACAACCAAGAGGAGGAGGAAGAACAAAAGAAGAAUGAUGAUUAUGUCUUGGAGAGACUUUUCAAAAAAUCAGGAGUACACAGUGUGAUGAAGCAUGAUGCUAUUAUGGAGGCUUCCAAUCCAGAUUAUGUGUUAGUGGAAGCAGAGGCAACCCGAGUGGCCCAGGAUGCCUUGAGAGCCUUAAAGAUCUCCCGACAGCGAUGUUUAGGAGCAGCUUCUGGUGUGCCAACCUGGACAGGCAACAGUGGUCUGACUGGGGCACCAUCCGGACUAAAGAGUAGGUUUGGUCAGAAAAGGAACCCUACUUUGCUUGUCCCAAAUUCCUCCACUACAUCUCCUGGAAAGAGAUGCAAGGAUGCUGAUAUAAUAAGGAAAGAGAAGGUAAAGAAAAAUGUUUCCAGUGUACAUUUUGACGGGAAACUCGAAGCAGGAGAAUCAUUGUCCAGUGCACUAGAUUCAUCAUCUUUGUUAGCUAAGAUGAGGGCUAGAAACCACCUUAUUUUACCGCAGAGGAUGGAGAAUGACGGUGAUGAGAAUCUUCAGGCUUCUGCUCCACUCCCAACUUCGACGGAACAUGACGAAUUGCUAGUGGAUGUACGAAACUUUAUAGCAUUCCAGGCUCAUGUGGACGGAGAGGCUAGUACUCAGGAGAUACUGCAGGAGUUUGAAUCCAAGCUGUCAGCAGCACAGUCUUGUGUGUUCAGAGAACUUCUGAGAAAUCUUUGUACUUUCCAUAGAAGCCCAAAUGGUGAAGGUGUCUGGAAACUAAAGCCAGAAUUCCGUUGA